AUGAAAAUUUUUUUGUUUCUGUUGUAUUUUACUACAUUAAAUUUGAUUUUAUCUUAUACUUUUGAUAUUUUAGAAAAAAAUAUAAAAAAAAGAUCAAUUGUUUUUGGUCGACAUAUGAUGUUAAAAAAAGUUCCAAUCAUUUAUACUGUUAAUGGUGUAAAUGAAAAUAUAAUUCAAAUGGCAUUAAAUUUAAUUAGUAAAGAAACAUGUUUAAAUUUUUACAAAGUAUCAAAAUUAUCUGGAAAUGGAUUAAAAUUUGUCAGAGGUACCAAUUGUUCAUUGAGACUUGGAAUGAAUUAUGCCACAAGUAUACAUACAUUUUUUGUCGAUUUAAAUUGUGAAAAUAUUAAUAGAAUUAAAAAAUUAGUACUUUUUGAUCUUGGUAUUCAACAACAAAAUAAUAAAAAUAAUUUAUAUAAAUAUAUUCAAAAUCAAGUAUCAUUGAAUAAUAAAGAAUUUUUACCAUAUAUAGAAAGAACAAAAUUUUGGUCUGGUUUAACUUUUGGUAUAAAAUUUAAUAAUAAUUUGAUAAGAAAUGUUAAUUUAAAUGAAAAAAAUGAAAUAAAUAAAUUAAUUAGAUAUAUUGAUAUAAAAAUGAAAAAUAUAUAUAAUUAUCAAAGUUAUAUGUUUAACGAUAUAUUUAAUGAUAUAAAAUUUAUUAAUAAUCGUUAUUGUUAUAAUAGAUGCUCAAUAAAACUUAAUUGUUUUAAUGGCGCAUAUACAGAUCCAAAUAAUUGUAAUAAUUGUAAAUGUACAAAAUUUUUUUAUGGAAAAUUAUGUGAUAAAUUUGUACAAUCAAAAGAUAAAAAAUGUGGGUAUGGAAUAUUGAAAGCAAUGGAUAAAGUGAGAACCAUUAAAGUAUCUAAUAUAAAUAAUUGUUUUUACAAAAUUGAAGCUAAAGAAAAACACAAAAUAUUAAUAAAUAUAUCAAUUGAAUCUAAAUUAAAAUAUUCUUUAUGUUAUAAUGGAAAUGGCAUUGAAAUUGUUCAUACUAAAGAUAAAUCAAAAUCAGGUAAAAUUUUUUGUGAAAAAAUAAAAAAUACAAAAUUAGUAUCAGAAGAUAAUAUUGUAUUGAUUAAUAUUAAUGAUGUUUUAAAGAUAUAUAAUGUGGUAAUAUCUUAUAUUCAAGUAAAAAAUUAA